ACAAGAACUCUAGCAUCAGUUGGCCAGCAGCCCCGGAGGGAUAAUCAACAAGCAGCACCUCUAAUUCCGGGUUUGAGUCGUUUGUCUCUGUGCGCGCGCGCGUCCUCUAACAGGUUGAACCAAGACACACCUGCAGGGAGAAGAAAGGAAGCCUUGUGUUCCCUCGAACACCAUUCUUCACUCCAUCUUUGCCCUCUGCGGACGACGGAGGGGACAGAAAGAUUUUCCUGGCUUUUUCUAAAAGGCUUUUUUUGAUUAAUUUCAUCAUGAAUAUGUGGAUUGUUCUCGCCAUCGUUGCCUUCGCGGCCGGAGCCUCAGCCCAAAGUUGUUCAUGUGCAACAAUGAAGUGGGCCACCUGUGACGGUGAGGGAGCUGCAUGCGGUUGCAGCAUUCUGAUUGGCGACAGCAACCCCCAACCUCUGAACUGCAGCGCACUGAUCCCCAAGUGCUUCUUGAUGAAGGCUGAAAUGUACAGAGCCAAGAAGGGCCUGGACACGCGUAGCGGUGGGAAGCCGGUGGAGUCGGCCUUUGUGGACAACGACGGCAUCUACGACCCAGAUUGCGAGAAUAACGGCAAGUUCAGGGCCAAGCAGUGCAACAACACCGAGGAGUGCUGGUGCGUCAACAGCGCCGGCGUCCGUCGUACCGACAAGGGAGACAAGAAUCUCGUGUGUGAGAAGCUGGUGGAGACCCACUGGCUCCGUCUGCAGCUGACGCACAAACCGGUUACGACUCCGCUGAGUGCCGAAAAUCUGAAGGCUGCCAUUGCCGAUGCCAUUAACAAACGGUACACCAACUUUGACAAGCAGCUGGUCUCAGCCGUUGAGUACGACGCCGAUGCCCGCAUGAUAGUGGUGGACGUGAAGAAGGAAAAGGGAGAACGCAAGACGGACCUGGCCAAUAUGGCCUACUACAUGGAGAAAGAUGUGAAGGUGUUGCCUCUGUUCAAGAACCCGGAGAAGUUUGUGCCAGUCGUCGGCGGCCAGACGCUGGAGAUGGAGAACAUCCUGGUGUACUACGUGGAUGAGGACCCACCCACCUUCACCAUGAAGCACCUGUCGGGCGGCAUCAUCGCAGUCAUUGUGGUGGUGGUGCUGGCAGUGAUCGCCGGCCUGCUGGUUCUGUUCUUUGCCAGAAAGAGACAGAAUCAGAAGUACAACAAAGCCCAGCAAAGGGAAAUGGAGCCCAUGUAAAGUGUUCAUUGCAGCGGGAAUCUAUGAAGAAUCAGCUUGUAUAUUUUGGAAAAACUUAGCGGUGGGAUUGUGCCAAUUAUUCUUUUUACUUGAGGAAUACAGAUUUCUCUUUUUCUCGUCAAAGCUGGUACAUUAAUUUAUAGACUAAAGUCUUAAUGCAACACCCCUCUUCAUGACAUUAGGAACAUAGCUUUUUAAAACAUGCUCCUCACAUGCUGCAUUUUAAUGUUUGAAUGUGAUGAAUGGUCUGAUACUUGGCUUGUACAGUUUCCUACAAAUGUGUUUUGGUCUUGGUUUUUUUUUUUUUUAAUAAAAAUUUUUUUAAAGACAC